AAGGACGUGUAAAAAAAAGAACGGCGUUAUUAGGAGAGUGCAGCGCGAGCGAUGCCUUGUGAGCGAAUCAAUAGCGGAGAGACUUCAGGGCGAUCGCUUCCUUCGAGUCUCGGUCUCUUUCCAUUAAAAGCAAAGAGGAAAGAGACGAAGGAGAGAAGCACACGCGAAGAAGUCUUUUUGGUUUUUCACGAUCGGGUUAUCUUUCGUUGGUUGUCGUCGGGUGCUGGUAAUUUGCUAGGGAUCUGGAUUUGGGAGUGCUAGUUCCCUUUAGCGUAUUAUAAUUGCUUGCAAGAGUCUGGAUCUUGGUGCUAGUGGAUCUGUGGAGCAUUCUGGGUUUGGUAUUAUUGAGAUAUUUGUUUGAAAGACUUUAUUUUUAUCUGGAUUCUUGUUGGGGCGGGGUGCGAUGGGGAAAGGAGGGCAGGAUGUUGGUAAAAAGGUCGAAUUGGCGCCGUCGAUCUCUAGUUUUCCGGCUUGGGCAAGGACCGUACAAGAGUGCGAGGUUGAAUUCAAGGUUUCGACCGAGUAUGGUCUUCCAUCUGAUGAGGCGCUGAGGCGCCAACAGAUUUAUGGGCUGAAUGAGCUCGAGAAGCAUUCGGGGCCUUCUAUAUGGCAGCUGGUUCUUGAGCAAUUCAAUGACACUCUGGUUAGGAUCCUCCUUGUUGCUGCCGUUGUUUCCUUCGUGCUUGCUUGGUACGAUGGGGAUGAGGGUGGUGAGUUGGGCAUUACUGCCUUUGUGGAGCCGUUGGUGAUUUUCCUUAUUCUGAUUGUGAAUGCGAUUGUUGGAGUUUGGCAAGAGAACAAUGCGGAGAAGGCGCUCGAGGCCCUGAAAGAAAUCCAAUCUGAACAUGCUACUGUUAGGAGGGAUGGAAAGUUGAUUCCUAAUCUUCCAGCCAAGGAGCUUGUGCCAGGUGAUAUUGUGGAGCUCAAGGUUGGGGAUAAAGUUCCUGCUGAUAUGAGGGUUUUGCACUUGAUUAGCUCGACAGUGAGGGUGGAACAAGCUUCUCUUACAGGUGAAAAUGCUGCCGUGAACAAAACUAACCACCGGGUUGAGCCUGAUGACAUUGAUAUCCAAGGGAAGGAAUGCAUGGUCUUUGCAGGUACCACAGUUGUGAAUGGAAGUUGUUUCUGUUUGGUUACACAGACUGGGAUGAACACUGAAAUCGGUAAGAUACAUUCACAGAUUCACGAAGCUUCACAGAAUGAAGAUGAUACACCAUUGAAGAAGAAACUGAAUGAGUUUGGUGAGGUUCUCACAGCUAUCAUAGGUGCAAUCUGUGCUGUUGUUUGGCUUAUCAAUGUGAAGUACUUCCUUACCUGGGAAUUUGUUGAUGGAUGGCCACGUAAUUUUAAGUUUUCCUUUGAGAAGUGCACAUAUUACUUUGAGAUUGCUGUGGCCUUGGCUGUUGCAGCAAUUCCUGAAGGUUUACCUGCAGUUAUCACCACUUGCUUGGCACUUGGUACUAGGAAGAUGGCACAAAAAAAUGCAUUGGUUCGGAAGCUACCAAGUGUCGAGACUUUGGGUUGCACAACUGUGAUAUGCUCUGAUAAGACUGGCACAUUAACAACAAACCAGAUGUCAGCUGUAAAGCUUGUUGUCAUGGGACGGUGGACUGAUAUACUUAGAACAUUUACAGUCAGUGGCACCACAUAUGACCCCCGAGAUGGGUGUAUCCAUGAUUGGCCUGCCAAAAAUAUGGAUGUGAAUCUUCAAACAAUUGCUAAGAUUGCAGCUGUUUGCAAUGAUGCAAGCAUAAGUGAGGCAGGAAAUAAUCAAUUUGUCACAACUGGUAUGCCAACUGAGGCAGCUUUGAAGGUGCUGGUUGAGAAGAUGGGCCUUCCUGCUGGAUACAACACUUCAUUGGAGUCAAUAGAAUUAUUAAGAUGCUGCAAAUGGUGGAAUGAAAUGUUUUAUAGGGUUGCGACUCUUGAGUUUGAUCGCACUCGGAAGUCAAUGGGAGUCAUUGUGAAAUCAAGAUCAGGAACCAAUUCUUUACUUGUGAAGGGUGCAGUAGAAAAUUUGUUGGAAAGAAGUGCCUAUAUUCAGCUGCUUGAUGGCUCUGUGGUUAUGUUAGAUGACAUCUCGAGAAGUCAUGUUCUGAAGGUCCUCCACGAGAUGUCAACAAAUGCACUGCGUUGUUUGGGAUUUGCCUACAAGGAUGAUCUAGGUGAAUUUGCAACAUAUGAUGGUGAAAAUCACCCAGCUCAUAAACUUCUACUUGAUCCAGCAAAUUACUCAUCCAUCGAGACUGGUCUCAUAUUUGUUGGAUUAGUAGGGCUCAGGGAUCCUCCUAGAAAAGAAGUCUCCAAAGCAAUUGAAGAUUGUAGAGCAGCUGGCAUUCGAGUCAUGGUCAUAACUGGAGAUAACAAGGAAACAGCAGAAGCAAUUUGCCGUGAUAUAGGUGUGUUUACCCCUGAUGAAAACAUUCAUUUGAAGAGUCUUACGGGAAAAGAUUUUAUGUCCCUGCCAUCCAAUGAAAAGAAGGAUCUUCUGAGGCAAAAUGGCGGUCUUCUCUUUUCAAGGGCAGAACCAAAGCAUAAACAAGAGGUGGUGAGAUUGUUGAAAGAAGAUGGUGAAGUAGUUGCUAUGACAGGGGAUGGUGUGAAUGAUGCUCCUGCAUUGAAAAUGGCAGAUAUUGGCAUUGCAAUGGGCAUUGCUGGGACAGAGGUUGCUAAAGAAGCAUCAGAUAUGGUGUUAGCAGAUGAUAAUUUUAGUACAAUAGUUGCUGCAGUUGGUGAAGGAAGAUCAAUCUACGACAAUAUGAAAGCAUUUAUAAGAUACAUGAUCUCCUCAAAUAUUGGUGAAGUUGCUUCCAUAUUCCUGACAGCAGCUUUAGGCAUUCCAGAGGGAUUGAUACCCGUUCAACUUCUGUGGGUCAAUCUUGUUACCGAUGGACCUCCUGCAACUGCUCUUGGAUUCAACCCUCCUGAUGAAGAUAUCAUGAAGAAACCACCUCGAAGGAGUGAUGAUUCAUUGAUUACUGCAUGGAUUUUAUUCCGUUAUAUGGUCAUUGGACUUUAUGUCGGGCUUGCGACUGUUGGUGUCUUCAUUAUAUGGUAUACUCAUGGUUCCUUUAUGGGGAUUGACUUGAGUGGCGAUGGCCAUACCCUCGUAACAUAUUCACAACUUUCUAACUGGGGAGAAUGCUCCUCCUGGGAAGGCUUCAAGGUCACACCGUUCGUGGCUGGUGAACGCCACUUCACCUUUGAUGAAAAUCCUUGCGACUACUUCCAGACCGGUAAGGUCAAGGCAAUGACACUUUCGCUCUCCGUGUUGGUUGCGAUUGAGAUGUUCAAUUCGCUCAAUGCUUUAUCUGAAGAUGGGAGCCUUCUGACCAUGCCUCCUUGGUCCAACCCAUGGCUUCUCGUGGCCAUGUCCAUCUCAUUUGGGCUUCAUUUCUUGAUAUUGUAUGUCCCUUUCCUUGCUCAAGUGUUUGGAAUCGUGCCUCUCAGUUUCAACGAGUGGCUCUUGGUGCUGGCGGUUGCUUUCCCCGUUAUUCUCAUCGACGAGGUUCUUAAGUUUGUUGGGCGCUGUUCAAAUUAUUCAGGUGCCAAGAGACAACAGACAAAGCACAAGGAUGAGUAGGUAGAUGCUAAACCAUUUGGAGAUGGCAACCAUCUGCCAAUACACCUCAUUCAUUUAUAUGAUGGGGGCAAGUCAAGUUUGCUUUUCACUUUACUUUCUUCUACAAUGGUUCAUAAUCAGGGACACCGGAGCAAGAUUUACUCGUGUAGGUCAUGACAUGCAUUUGAUAACGAUUCUUGUUAGACGAGCUAUAUGGACUUUCGACAAUUCGAGGCACGGCUGGUGGCAGAGUAGUGAAUAAAAUUGUAUGGUAGAGACGAUAAACAAUGUUAGCUUGAACUGUGAACUUGAUGAAAUUCUUAGGCAGAAAUUGUAUGCAUUGCGCAGCUUCAUACAUUUUAGUCGAAAUGUCAGUUGAUCUUGUUUCA